AUGUGCACAAACGAUGUCACCCCCCUUCAAUCGCCCUCCACCUGCCACCUCAAUGAGGUCUCCUCACACAACGUGUCUACUUCGUCCACAGUGAUCAGCGAGACGACAGGCGUGGACGUGAAGGACGUCGUCUCGACCCUCCUCGACCUCGGCCUGCUCAAGUACAUCCGCACGGAGUACUACAUCGUCAACGACAAGGAGGCGUUUGAGCGGAUCUUGGGGGAAAUGGGCGAGCCGCGGGCGGACAGACGCAUCGAUCGCACCUGUCUCCACUGGAACCCACCGUCUUUACCCGCAACCGCAAAAACCGAGUCUCCCGCGUUCAAUUCCCCCUAA